AUGUCGCGCACAGAGGCCGGUUUUUAUAUUAAGAAACAGAUUUACCUGAUGCAGAUGAAUCCUGGACAAGCAACAUCUCCUAUGGAGUUAAAUCGAUGGAUAGCGGUCAUGUUGGAAAAGUAUCCGCAUUUCUACCAGUUGUAUUUUUUGAGGUUCGUUAAUUUUUUGCGUCUCCAAGAUCUCGCGUCGGCUGAAACUGCAUUGUACGACUAUUUUGAUUGGGCAGUGGUCUACAGUUCAUCCGGCCUUAUUAAUGUUGACGCUUCUAAUUCGUUAGCCUGCUAUGCUCCGUUGUUAUUGUCAAAGCUUUACCGCCAUUUUGGAUUUCGGGAUAAAAGCUAUGACUUUCUUCAAGAAUCUAUUCAAAAAGCGCAGGAAGUGGCCAACGACGUCUGUUUAAGGCAUGACAUGACCGAACUCUGUAUCUUGCAAGACACUGACAAAACAGAAAAACCUGAAGGUCUUUCCCUGUUUGACUUAUGGGUGGAACGCAAGCAUAAGUCGCUUUUUCCGGAGUUGUACUUUUUCUCGAGCAUGGCGAAAAUAUAUUCAGAUUAUCGCCGAGGCAAAAAUGUAAAGAGCAUAAUCGAGUCGUUAUACGCCUUGUUGAGUAACGUGAUCAGCAAAGAUGCUGUCCAGUGGGCCUUCCGAAACGAAGCGACCUCUUUCGCAAUUUCUUCGCUUUCUUCGCUUUUCCUUGAAACUGGUCAUUAUAUGCAGUGUUCCUUGGAAGCACUGAAAGUUCUGUACACCGUGCAAGACGAAUAUUUACCAUUUUGUGGUAUAGCCUGUGAAUCCGUUUGCAUUGCUUUGUGCAACAUCAUCUUUUGCUUGCAUGCUAAAGGAGAUACGACGGCAGCUAUGCAACUUCUUAAAUACGCGAAGUCUGAGUUUCCUUGCUACUUGGCCGUAUCUGCUACGUGGAAAAGAUGUGAGGCGUCGAUCGGUUUCGAAGUAGCGUUCCUGCAGGGUCAGUUCGAUCUGUGUAAAAAUUGGUUAAGCAAGUUGAUGGCCAUCUCUCCCAAUGAAGCACUCAUCCGAAAAAGUGCCCUGCAAAUCGCAAAUCGAAACGUAAAAGACGCGAUGACACUGCUGGGAAAAUUGGUCGAAAAGACGCAGUCGCCAAGUUUUCACUGUCGGUAG